CAGCUUCCUGUGUCGGUCUCUUUCUUUCACGCGUCCCUACCGUGAGAUUUAUCAACCUUGUCUUUAAACCGGCUGUUAACCGAUCCUUGGAAGCACUGUCAAGAUGCCCAGGGAAGACAGGGCCACGUGGAAGUCCAACUACUUUUUGAAAAUCAUCCAACUUCUGGAUGACUUUCCCAAAUGCUUCAUCGUGGGCGCAGACAAUGUCGGCUCCAAGCAGAUGCAGACGAUCCGUCUGUCUUUGAGGGGCAAGGCCGUCGUGCUGAUGGGCAAAAACACCAUGAUGCGUAAGGCCAUCCGUGGCCAUCUGGAAAACAACCCAGCUUUGGAGAGGCUUCUCCCCCACAUCCGUGGAAACGUUGGGUUUGUUUUCACAAAGGAAGAUCUGACUGAGGUCAGGGAUCUGCUGCUGGCAAACAAAGUGCCAGCUGCUGCCCGUGCUGGUGCCAUCGCUCCUUGUGAAGUGACUGUGCCAGCUCAAAACACCGGGCUUGGUCCUGAGAAGACCUCCUUCUUCCAGGCUCUGGGUAUCACCACCAAGAUCUCCAGAGGAACCAUUGAAAUCCUGAGUGAUGUCCAGCUGAUCAAAAAUGGAGAUAAGGUGGGCGCCAGUGAAGCCACGCUGCUCAACAUGCUGAACAUCUCGCCCUUCUCUUACGGGCUGAUCAUCCAGCAGGUGUAUGAUAAUGGUAGUGUGUACAGCCCAGAGGUGCUUGACAUCACUGAAGAUGCCCUGCACAAGAGGUUCCUGGAGGGUGUGAGAAACAUCGCCAGCGUCUGUCUGCAGAUCGGCUACCCCACACUCGCCUCCAUCCCUCACACCAUCAUCAAUGGAUACAAGAGGGUCCUGGCUGUUGCCGUGGAAACUGACUACUCCUUCCCUCUGGCUGAAAAGGUGAAGGCGUUCCUGGCUGACCCCACCGCUUUCGCUGUGGCAGCUCCUGUGGCCGCGGCUGCAGAGGAGAAAUCCGCUGCUCCUGCUGCCAAAGUGGAGGCGGCAAAGGAGGAGUCUGAAGAGUCGGAUGAAGACAUGGGCUUCGGCCUGUUUGAUUAAACUUGCGAAUGGAUGCUUGGUCUGCAAGUUAAAGUCAAUAAAACAUCUGAAACAGUCA